GGGAUGCUGGUGGACCACGUCCCUUUAAAUGAAGACACAUCAGAUUCUCUUUCUUUACAUGGAGACAAACGCACUUUAUGAUGCGGAAAGUUAGCGGCGCAACUAUAUUGRACCUGGAACCUGGUCAUUUUAAACAGCUUUUUGGUUAAUUUAAGAACGACAUGGUCGCUUAAGGAAUUGUUUACUCAACCAUUUGAAUAUCAAUCCGUCACUUGUCUCGACKCUUUUUAGCUUUUUUAUUUCGAUAUCUGAAUAAAAUACAUUAUUCCCAGACUUUUCUGUAUCUAUGGAAACCCAUAUGAGUCGUCGGAUGGGGGUUAYCUUUUCUUCAGUUUGCUAUUGAAUACUUCGAUAAUUUUUUCCUCUAAGAUCUGCGCAAAUCCAGGAAGUAUCAGGUACUAGUAGACUGUUGGUGUAGUGAGCCAGUCCCUGGGUCUGGAUCAAGGCUUGAUGCGCCCUUCUGGACGUUACGUUCCUCCAACACAGGCUACUGGACUCAAGCGRAAAACUCACCAAGUCGCAGCAGUGGGAUUUCCUCUUCAACUCAACAAAACAGCCUUCCAAGGAACGAGAGUUUCAUCAAAGCGCUUGACGAGAAAGAUCCCAAGUCCGUGUCCUUCAAAAUGCCCGAUCCAGACGAAAUUGAGUUGGUGGAAAAGGGAAAUAAACGAAUAAWAAAUGGGACAUCGWAUGGGAAAACUAGGAAAGAUACAGAUCUGGUUAGUUCUAAGGAUUGUGCCAUAGAUUUUGUCCUUGUUUACGAAGAACAAACCGACCUGGAUGAAGACGAGCAGGCGAAGGAAAAAGAGCACGAAGAAAAGCGAUUGUUCUUUGAAAGUUCGCUGCAAAAGAAAGGGUUACUUCUACAACACGUUAACUCGGAUUUAAAUGAGAAAUACAACAAAGUUUUCGUUCUUAUUCAUGCACCUUGGUCCGUCUUAGAGAAGUGCGCUGAGGAAAUGAUGAUUCGUGUCCCAGUUAAAGAGCCCAGCCWUCCCUUGCAACCUGUYGGUUGGAAUAGAAUCUAUCAUAAACUCCACGACAUGAUGACYAUGUUCCAUCAUCGAACAUGGGGCGACCACAAAGAGCAGCGAAAUGUUAACGCGUUCUUCAACAAAGAUAAACAAAAUUUAUUUCUAAAUUGUGAAGAUAAAGUGAACUUUUUUACUGACAUCGACCGAAGUAGRAUGGUGUCACGSAUUCUUGACGGCGCGCACUUUUCCAACGAAGUUGAAGAUUUCGGCAUCAACAGACUUCUUUACGAAAACACCUACAUGGCUGCUUAUCCMCUGCACCAAGGCASCUACGAACCAYCAGAGUCGAUACAUCCGUCAAAAUUAAGUAGACGKCAAGGYUUAAAGUAUUCGUGGGCCUCAUUUGGUCAGUGGUACAAAUUCCAACCCCUCCAUGCAAUCAAAGAUUACUUUGGAGUCCGUGUCUCGAUGUAUUUUGCCUGGMUKGGUGUSUAUAACUACAUGCUCGUAGCGGCGUCUUUUGUCGGGUUGUUAUGUUUUUUCGCAGGGCUGUUUUCCAUGGAUGACUUUAUUCCCGCCAAGGAAAUCUGCAACAAAAAUAACUCGAAGUUGUUCUACAUGUGUCCGCUGUGYGAUGUAGACUGCAGUUACUGGAGUCUGACCGUUAGUUGUAAGUACGCUCGGYUAACSCACUURUUUGACCACGAGGGGACGGUAUUCUUUGCCGCCUUUAUGGCUUUAUGGGCAGCGGUUUUUCUCGAGUUUUGGAAGCGCAAGCAGAUAAGUCUUGCAUACGAAUGGGACAUGAUGCAUUUCGAGGAAGAAUUUGARCCKAUGCGACCAAGUUUUGUUGCAGCGGCYGCAGGAAGAGAGAAACGCCCAAAUCCGAUCAAUGGAGAGCUCGAGCCAUAUAUCCCAUAUUCAACGCAACUGCUGCGACAAACGUGUUCAAUGGCUUUAGUGGCGUUCAUGGURUCUCUUGUCAUUGCYGCCGUMGCUGGCGUCGUUCUGUACAGAGCUGCCGUCUCGGCCGCGUUGUACGCCUACCCUAACGAAGACGUCCGGAGAGGAGCACGCAUCAUCACCUCCAUCACCGCGUCUAGUUUGAACUUACUGGCUAUUACAMUCCUCAGCUAUGUUUAUGAUAAAAUCGCAUUGUAUCUGACCAACUGGGARAACCCAAGAACCAACACCGAAUUCACCAACUCGCUGACGCUCAAGAUGUUUUUGUUCCAAUCUGUCAACAUGUAUUCAUCUCUGUUCUACAUCGCGUUCUUCAAGAGUUCCAUGAUUGUUGGGAUUCCAGGGAGCUAUAAUAGGAUCGGUGAGGGRAGAAUGGAGGGCUGUGACCCGUCGGGAUGUUUGAUUGAGCUGUGUAUCCAAUUGGCUAUUAUUUUGAUUGGCAAGCAGCUUAUUCAGCUUGUCAUCAAAUUUGUUAUCCCCUGCCUGACAAGAUGGUGGAACAGAAAACAACAAAAAGACUUGCUCGAAGAUGGMGAACUCGACCAGUGGGAGAAGGACUAUCUUCUAAACGCCGAGCCUGAGUUCAGAAUGUUUUACGAAUACCAUGACGUAGUUAUACAGUAUGGCUUUGUGACGAUGUUUGUCGCCGCCUUCCCGCUCGCACCAUUCUUCGCUCUUUGCAAYAACAUCCUGGAACUUCGUAUAGACGCCAUUAACUUUGUGGUGAACUUYCGCAGACCGGUUGCAGAGAGGGCUCGUGAUAUUGGUUCUUGGUUGGGCAUUUUACAAAUUAUGAGUCAAAUAGCAGUUAUUGUGAAUUCAUUUGUCAUUGCGUUUACWUCAGAGUUCAUCCCAAGACUGGUGUACCAACACGUCUACAGCCCCGACGGAACACUAAAAGGAUAUGUCAACGAUAGUCUUUCGUACUUUAACGUAUCAGACUUCGAACCUCAGUCAAUUCCUAAACAUGUGCGCGCUAAUUUGGACUACAACUUUACACAUUGCAGAUAUAAAGAGUACUUCGAGUCGCAAUACCCAUACCGUUAUGAUCGUCAAUUUUUCUAUGUCCUUGCUGUAAGAUUGGCUUUCGUCCUCAUAUUCCAGUACCUGGUGUUCUUCAUUGCAAAGUUCUUGGACUACGCUAUUCCAGAUACACCUUACCACUUGGAAGUCAACAUCAAGCGAGAGAACUACAUUUCUAAGAAAUGCCUUUCAAAAGGAGGCGUGACCGUCACGCGUGACUAUGAUGGAGAGUCCCAAGCCUCAACGUACUUGUCAUGCGAAGAGAAUCUUCAGAUGAGACAUCGCGGUCACCAACUGGCUGCUGAAAAUGAAAUUURAUUGGCGAAUAUACCUUUUGACUUUAACAAGGUGGCGUGACUGUCACGCGUGACUGUAAUGGARAGUCACAAAACUAUACAUCCGUGUCACGUUAGAAAAUCUUCAGAAGAGACAUCGUCACCAAUUGGCUGCUGAAAAUGAAGUUAGAUCAAUAACCCAUUAGUGUGCUUAAAAACGUUGCGUGACAAUAACGUGUGACUUUAGAUGAGGCUCCCCUUACAUAAUAAAUGUCCCAUUUUCUCGGCUCAAACUUCAAAUCACAAUGCCCAUUUUACUGCCUCUUCAGGAGCUCAUCUGUAGACAGUGUUCAAUCGUUUAUUUUCGUUUUAAUACUGCGGUAAUAAAGGUUUGUUUUUCAUA